UGAGAGAAGGGGGUUCUUCUUGACAAAACACCGACCAGAAAAACAUCCGACAAGGAAUCUUUGCAAGUAAUUGAAACUUGACAACAUUUACGAAGGACGCCACCAAACACGGAUUUGAGUCUGGUUUUUGUUGUUGUUGUUGUUGUUGUGGUAGAGCUUACGAGUUUAAGGUGUUUAUGCUGAGGAGUGAAGUUUGUAAGGUUCGAGUUGAAAAUGGAGAGGGCCAGCUGAGUGAUAGUGGGGUGAGGAGGCUGGAUUUGGCAAACUAGGGAGUCCUGCCCCACAGCUAGCAUGCUAGUUAGCAUGCAUAGUUUCGUCAUCGUUAAUCAAUCCGAAAUGAGAGCGCCCAUCUUCACAACUUCUACAACUUGAGAGAUUGAUGGACCCUUUGCAGCAUUUUCCAAUGGAUUCAAUCAAAGAUGACACGUUUAUUUCCAAUGGAAAUGCUGAUUGAAGUUUGAUGAUUACUUUUUUGCAGUUUUGCUGGAUGCUGGAUCCUGCACUUAUCGGUAGAUUUCAUGCCCCGAGCCCCCAUAAUAAUGCCAUUUGACGUGAGUCAUUUGAAAUAGGAAGCCGUCUGACGUGAGCUUUUCAGGCAAAAUGACAGGCUGCGGAUAUUUCAACAAAAGCAACAACUUAUGACAUGCAGUCAUAGUAACUAAAGGGAGAAGACAUACACCAUGUUUGCAAUAUUGCAGUGAUGAAGUUGUGGACGUUUCACCUUUGACUUUAGUGGAUGGAUCUGGUACAUUUAAGAACAGCAAUUGGGAGAUUGGGAGUCCAGUUCAAUUCAUGAACCCUCUGUCUGAGUCAGGAUGUUGGAUGCCCUGAAGGUUUUGAGUCCGCGGUGAUGAGGCAGGGCUCCUGAUGGCCUGCGUUAUGUGAUGGGGUGCAGGAACAGUAAGGUCCUCCCUGAGCCUCCAGGGGAUGUUCAGUUGGACCUGGUAAAAAAGGUGGAUCCGCCCCCUCAAACAGAUGUCUAUAAGCACUUCAUUCGAGGUGAUGGCACUUUUAGUAUGAUGGGUGAGGCCGGUGGAGGGAGAGCGGACAAGGCAAACUCCCCCUCCCCGUCACAUACUCAAGCACAAGCUGCCACUCCCGUUGCCUGCAGCCAGCAGCCUAAAAACCCAUCAGAGGUAUCAGACCCCCAAAGAAAAAAAGUGGCUAAAUAUCGAGCUAAAUUUGACCCACGGGUCACAGCCAAGUACGACAUAAAAGCACUGAUAGGUCGAGGGAGUUUUAGCCGUGUCGUCCGCGUGGAACACAAGAGUACUCGGCAGCCGUACGCCAUAAAGAUGAUCGAGACACGGUACCGAGAGGGCAGGGAGGUUUGUGAGUCUGAGCUGUGCGUUCUUCGACGGGUUCGCCAUACCAAUAUAAUCCAGCUCAUGGAGGUCUUUGAGACGGCUGAGCGUGUUUACAUGGUGAUGGAGUUGGCAACCGGAGGAGAACUCUUUGACCGCAUUAUUGCUCGCGGCUCCUUCACGGAGCGAGACGCCACCCGGGUGCUGCAGAUGGUGCUGGAUGGCGUCAAGUAUCUUCAUACUUUGGGGAUCACGCAUCGAGACCUGAAGCCGGAGAACCUGCUGUACUACCACCCGGGUGCCGACUCCAAGAUCAUUAUCACUGACUUCGGUUUAGCCAACAGCAGGAAGAAGGGAGAUGAAUGUCUGAUGAAGACUACCUGCGGAACACCUGAGUACAUCGCCCCGGAGAUCCUGGUGAGGAAACCUUAUACGAAUGCCGUCGACAUGUGGGCAUUGGGAGUGAUCUCGUACAUCCUGCUGAGCGGAACCAUGCCAUUUGAGGAUGACAACCGCAUGAGGCUCUACCGGCAGAUCCUCAAGGGGAAGUACAGCUUUUCUGGAGAGCCAUGGCCCAGUGUGUCCAACCUUGCCAAAGACUUUGUGGAACGGAUUCUCACAGUGGAUCCAAGUGAGCGGUUGACUGCGGGCCAGGCUCUCAAGCACCCCUGGAUCAUCAGCAUGGCCGCCGCGUCCUCCAUGAAGAACCUACAACGCUGUAUAUCGCAGAACCUGCUGAAGCGGGCAUCAUCUCGUUGCCACAGCACCAAGUCAGCCCAGUCCACACGAUCAAGUCGCUCAACCAAAUCGAACAAAGCUCGGCGCGUUCGGGAAAAGGAGCUGCGCGAGUUGAACCGACGUUAUCAGCAGCAGUACAAUGGCUGAGGCGUUACUUGGGGAGACUGAAAAACUCUAUAAGAGCUUCCUGUCUUCUGAAAUUAAACUCGGAAGGCAACCUGAUGUGUCAACCAUGACAACCAACAAUGGAUGCUUCGAGAACGGCCGCCAGUGAGAAUAAAUAAAAAUGACAAUACCUGAACUUUCAAGGACACACAGGUAGUUGUUUUACCCCAAUAUCAUCUCUUCAUUCAUCCACCCUUCCUUCUCUUUAACAGGGUGGAGCACUCUUAAUUUUCCUUUUGUUUUCAAUCCCUGUGCCUUGACAUGUAUUUAUUUAUUAAUAUGGACAAUCUUCAUUCAGUUGGUCACUGGAUAAUGACCAUCUACGAGGUUCUGUUGAACAGAGUUCUGGGUAAUGACGUUACUUAAAGAGCAGGGCAAAUCCCUCUCAAACUCUUGGUUGAUGACAAUUGCUGUGAAUUAUUGUACUAAGUGCCUUUAGAGUCUAGCUGAGUGGAGCGAUACCCCGCAGCGACCUUAAAAGGCCAAAAUGAAAUGAUGUUGUAAGCUUAUAUCAUCUUGCCAUAAAUGCUUUGGUAGUAUUAUUUUUUAAAUCUGCCCAAAGAUUGUGAAUCUUUGAUGUGUCGGUUCUGUAGAAAUUAGACACACAAUCCUGUUCGCGGUGCGUUUCAUUGUACGGUAGAUAUCACAAAUUGCUGCUAUGAGCACUGUGAUUGAUUUGGCUUCUUAUGUUAUGUUUCCAUUUAAGCAUCUGCUGUUUAAAUCGCCUUGUUUCAAAAGCAAAACAGACAAAUCAUGUACAGUAAAGCUCGGAUAUAUCGGAUUCAAUUGUUCCCACUGGUUUUGUCCGAUAUAAGCGAAAUCCGUUAUAUGCGUAUACCGGAAAAUGUCCGUUUUACGCAUAUAUCGGAUUUAUAUCCGGUAUAUACGUAAAUCGGAUUUUAUCCGUUAUAAAAAGGCACUUCCUUGACUAUGUUUCCAAUGUACCUGGACGCGCAGGCAACGCUGCAAACGCUGCAAAUGACGUCGUAUAGCGGCCUGUCACGAUUCGGCGAAUCGGAGCGCCACAAUGCGGCCAUCCGAUAUAUGCGAGGGAAAUUUAAUGGAAAUGCAUUGGAACGGGACUGGAGAUUUUGUCCGAAAUAGGCGAAAUCCGUUAUAAAAAAUCCAAUAUAUGCAAUGAAUUUUUAUUGGAAAUGCAUUACAGAAAAAUCUGUUCUUUUUUAUCUGUCCGUUGUGAACGAAUUUCCGAUAUAUCCGAGUCCGAUAUAUCCAAGGUUUACUGUAAUUAAAUCUUGAUUACUUAUAGCAAAACAAAGACUGCUGGAAAUCAACUAACGACAUAAGGCUGGACUAUGGUAUUUUUUUAAUGUAAAUGUAUAAUAAUUACAUUUUUAGUUUGAUAUCGAAGUUUUGAAAUUGAUACGCCGGUUAUUUAACUUUGGCAACAACCAAAGUUAGACCACUUUGUUCAAAACCAGGCCACGGUAUAAAGUUCCUGAGGUCAUAAAUUGUCUAUGAAAAAUCAACACAGUCUGUCUUCUGAUUGGGAAGACCCCACUUGGAUAGUAGCAUGGUGACAUGUGAUCGGCGGUUCUGGGGUUUAAUCUCAGUUAGGACCGAUCUGUGUGCUUUUACUCCGGAUGCUCUAUAAUUAAAUUGCCCUUAGGUAUGAACGUUAGUGUGUAUGGUUCAGUUUGUCAGUUUGUACUCUGUAAUUGACUAGGUGCAGUGUGUAGCCCAGGUCUCAAUAACCCCCCCCCCUUCUGAGACCUUGAACAGGAUAAGAAGUUUAGAAAAUGAAUGCCACCACGGUGACAGUUACAAGGUAUCAUAUGCAACUAUGCAUCCUGUAAUUUAAUACCUUUAUUUGCACUUAUUGAAAAAAAGGUUUUGUUUAAGUCCCCUAUCUCAUACAGACACUUAUGUUUUCUUACCAGAAAACUAUUGUUGCAACUUGUUUUUCAUCAAUUUAGGAUAUUUCCAUUGUGUGGUCCAAAAGUUUCACAGUUUCGAUAUAAAUGUUAUUUUGUGUAUACUAAUUUGGCAAAGCACUUCAUAUAGAAAUAUGGAUUUUAUUUAUUUUAUUUUUUACAAUCACACAAAAUUGUUAAUUGAAAUUUGUAUUUGUGCCUUGACCCUUCGGAACUAGCGAUUUAGUUGUCCCAAUGCUUUGAAUAAGAAUAUUGCUGUGCUGUACCGAGACAAACAAAGGCUGUUGUGAACUUUUUUAACAAAUACUGGAAACUUAACUGAGCCAUUUUAGCUAACCUCAGUGUUUCUAAAUAUUUAGCUAUGAUUCUGAUUCUAUUGCUGUUGUUGUAUCUUUCUCGUACACAAUGUUUUUCUAACCCUGUAAGUUAGGACAGUAAGGGCCCCAGAUUGACAGAGGGCCCCCAAAAUAGAGACGUGACAACAGCUACUUUUGGGGGUCCAGAAUUCCUGGCGGCAGCCCCGCAUCCCCACUCCCCAACCCAAACUGUAUCGCUAAUACUUUGAUAUUUUGUGGUAGCCAUUUGCAGCUACAAAUCAUUUUGAAGUGUUGACUUAGAAACCAUUGUGUGCUGUUUUAAUGAAUAAUCAAAUAAAUUCCUUCUAAGGUUUUGCAGAACGUCAGCACCACCGUGCUUUCAUUCCAGUUUUUAUAUACCUUUUGUAAUUUUAUGUAAAUGAUGUUGCCCUAAAUGAAGUAAACAGCAGUUACCCAAGAGUGUUAAUUUUGUAAUAUUAUAUAUAUAUAAAUAAAUAUCUUGUUGAUUCUUCUAUCAUUAUUCUUAUUUGUCUGAAAGAAUGUGUUGUACUGUGCCAAUAAAAAUUCCAACCUGA